AAAAAGGCGCCACAUAGCUGGACAUGUCUAAUGUCUAUCUACAACUAAUGUCUACAAGUGCCGUCAUAAAAUUGUUUGAAUCGAUUUGAGUAUUUUUGCGAAGCUAGCCCAACGACGGCAUGCCUUGCGAUACAAAUAAAGACGGUAGGGAUAUUAGUCAGCGUUUGUUGCGGCGUCUGGUGGAGAGGAGCGAAGUUACCACUGUGUCGGAAACUUUCGCUGCAUUGGAAACCAAUUCGGACAGAGUUAAUUUGGCGCUUGAUUUGUUGAAGGAGAACGCUGUCUUUCCACAAUUCUUGGUAGAUGGCAAAAGCAGUGAGUUGAGUGUCGAAUAUAGGCAAAAAGGAAACCAAGCCUUUAAAAGAAAACUCUCCGUCGAAGCAUUGGAGUUCUAUACCAAAAGUAUAUUAUUUUCGCCUGGCAGCAGCGAAAAUUUGGCUUUAGCUUACGCCAACAGAUCUGCGGUGUUGUUCGAAAAUCGGUUGUACGAAGAGUGUAUUGCAGACAUAAAUCGAGCAUUGAAAUCUGGUUAUCCCGAAAAGCUCAAGGCAAAAAUCGAAACUCGAAUGGAAAAGGCAAAAUCACUUAAACCCGCACAAUUCAAGGUCGAAUUCUGCACGCCCGCUCCAAAUAUUUCAAAAGAAUUCGAAAAUUCCCGCAUUCAAUGCGCGUCAUCGGCAAUAGCUAUAAAAAAUUCCCCUUCACAAGGAAGGCACGUUGUUGCGACGAGAGAUAUAGAUCCCGGUGAAAUAUUAGCCGUCGAAACUCCAUUUUGCUCUUUCUUGGUAGACGAUUUUUAUACUAAUUGUCACCAGUGCUUAAAACUUUGUUACAAUUUGGUGCCUUGCGAAUGGUGCACUCAAGCUUUAUUUUGCAGCGAAGAAUGCGAAAAUUUGGCAUUAAAAUAUCACGCCUAUGAGUGUCCUAUUUUAAAAUCUUUGAAAUCACUGCGGAUGGGUAAGCUCGAACUUCUUCCUAUGAGAAUUGCUCUGCUCGUUGGAGAUGGUGUUCCAAAUCCCGUCGAAAACGAUGAAGUGUAUAGAAGUGAUAGGUACGCAGAAAUUCACGGGUUGGUGUCCAAUACGACCAGUAGGACCGUAGCCGACCUUUUUAAAAGAGCAGUGAACGCUGCAGUUAUUUAUCAUCUAGUCGAAAAUCAUUCGAAGUUCUUUAUAUUAAAGAGCAGCAAUGUUCGCAAUGUGUUUAAGGAAUUGGUUCUGCUGCACAUGCAAACCGGACCAUGCAAUUUUCACCAAAUCACUCAGCCCUGCUUCGGUGGUGAUUUGACCGAUAAAGAAAUAGGAGCCGGAGCGUUUUCAUUUUUGAGUUUGUUUAAUCACUCGUGUUCUCCAAACGUAUCCCGAUAUUGCCAUCAAACGACCAUAGUGAUUGUUGCCAUAGACAGCAUCAAAACUGAUGAACAAUGUUAUGACAAUUAUGGAUUUCAUCAUGCGGUUAUGAAAAGAAGUGAUCGGCAAUCGCAACUAAGAUCGCAAUACUUUUUCGACUGUAGAUGCGUGGCGUGUGAACAAGAUUUUCCCCUUUAUGAGUACUUGCCUGUUUUGAGAGGUUCCGUUCAAUUGUCCCAGUCGGAUAUGAAGAAACUACAUAAAUGCGAUACUCGAGAGGCCAGAAGAAUAUUGAACGAGACCUUGCCCAAGAUAAAGACCUUGGGCGCAGAGAAGCCGAACAAAAAUCUGGCAGAGUUGCAAGAAGUUGUUAAGCGGUGUUAUUCUAUUUUCACUACUAUUAAGAGACCCUUUUAA